UUACAGACUGGACAACUUGCCCGACUGAAGUGGCUGCAGCUUCUAAAGAAUAAGGUGGUGCGUAUGGUGGGGUGGUUGGUGUUCGCCGUGACAGCUGCGGCGCUGGUAUUCGGUCUCUCAGGCAGGAACUACUACCACUUACUGGGCGCCACUCAUUCCUACAGCGAUGUAGAGUCGUUCUUCUACGCGAGUUUCUCGUCGACGGCGUGGGCGAUAUGCGUGGGCUGGCUGGUGCUCACGAGCUACUGUGGAUGUGGAGGAGGCUUGGGCACUCUGCUUUCUCAUCCUGUCUGGGUGCUGCCUAGCCGGGUGACGUACUCAGUCUUCGUGCUCUCACUACCGUUUCAUCUCAUGAUCUCCUACUCCGUUCACCGCUUCUUCUUCGUUUCAACUUUCUCUUUCGUCCUGAGCUACGUUGGCAUCACUGUGAUAUGCUUCCAGGCGGCCUUCCUUAUCAGCUUGGUGGCCGAGUCACCGUACAUCGCAUUGUCGAAAUUAGCACGCUCGCCUCGAUCUUAGUUAGGAUUAGCAAUAGCAACCUAUCGAACUAUUAUGUGAUCAUCUCAACCAUUGUCUCUAGUUUUUCGUGCAUGAUUAUCCAAAUAAUUGUACGUCUGUAGUUUGCCUCCUAUGACAU